AUGAAAGAGUUGAAGAAUCCUAAAUGGGAACUGGCAAUCAGCCGAGAAGCGCGAAGAGUGACAGGCAAAAUCCCGGGGGUUGAUGUGAGCGAUAGUGAGGCUACGCCUGAUGAUAUCUUAGGACUUGAAGCGGCUUGGAAUGCAACUGUAGGUGCUCUUGAAGCCGUGGGAGUGAUUGAUGAUGUAGAGAUUGUGGGGGCUGGGGAAGCAUUGGGAGUCAUAUGCGUUGUCAUAGACUUCGAUAUGGUGAGAGAUGGAGGAGUUGCUGGAGUUGUUGGGAACGGGAUUGCUGGUGGGAUGGGGGCUCUCGAGGAGAUGUGUGCUCGACGACGACGAGCGUAG